CCCCCCGAUUUGGUGCAGAUUUUGCACUAAAUUUAUUUGGAAGCUUUUGUCUGGGAGGUGAGCUACAAAAUUUCAAGGUUUUGUAUGCAGCCACCCCUAAAUUAUACCUACAAACAAACUAAAUAAGUAUGCAUGCAUCAUCACGGCCGGCUUUCCAGAGCUCAUUGAAUUCAUUUGAUACAUAUCAGAAUCGUAUAAGAUCAAAUUUUUGGGUCUUUACACAAUGUGAAGGCUAAGAUCCAGGAUAAGGAAAAGCUCUUCAAAGCAUCAGAGGCCCAAUUGAAAAGCUCCUGGGCCCAACCUACACUUGGGCUGGGCUAAUUAACAACUCUGCGUUUCAGUCGACGAAGACGUUUGACCAAAAAAAAUGAGAGAAGGCGACAGAUCCAAAAGACCAAAACCAAGGCAAAGAAGAGAAGAGACUCCCCUAACCCUUCCCUUACCACCGCGGAGACGGAAUUGCAUCAGUCUCGCUCGAUCGACCCUCUUCUUCUUGGUCAUCUAUUCCGAGUCCGAGUUGGAAUCUGAAUCUCUGAUUCUAUAAAUACGGCUACAAGCUACUAGCCAGCCUUUCCAUUCCAUCCUAUCAGCCAAAAGAGACAUUCACCAGCAGGUAGCGACAUGGGUGCUGCUGAUCCGGAAUUGGAGCAGCAGGGAAGGCUUGGGGAAUCGACGCCGUUGCUCAUGUUGCCGCAUUGCAGCAGCACAAGAAUGAUUAGUGGUAAUUGCGAGAGUGGUAGUGAUAGGUAUUGUUGCUUUUACGAUGUGGCAAAUCGCCGAUUUCACCACAUCCACGGCGGCGGCGGCGGCGGCAACCCUAGUGUUGUUGUAUGCCGGGGGUCUGCGUUUGGAUGGUUGUUCAUGGUCCACCAAAUCCCUUCCAUCUUCCUACUCAACCCUCUCACCGGAUCUCAAAUCCCCCUCCCGCCCAUCACGUCAUUCCCCGAUGUGUUGGACUACAACCCCCAAAGACGAAACUUUGAGUUCGUUCACCGAUUGGAUGGUGACCAGAGGCUCGCUGUACAGGGCAGGACCUUCUUCCAAGAGCACUUCUUCUGGAAGACUGCUGUCUCCGCGGAGCCCACUGCAGAGGAUUGCGUUGUGAUGGCCAUUCGGUUCAAUAACAACUAUCGCCUGGCUUUCUGCAGGCCCGGGAGCGACGAAUGGAACUUGGUUCCUAAUCCAGAAGAAGAAGAGAAGAUCCCGUUCAUGGAUGUGGUGUUCUGGAAGGGUAAAUUCUAUGCAGUCGACUGCUGCGGCAGGGUUGUGGUGGCUGAUCUUUCCCUCCCGCACCGCCCCAAGCUCUCAUUCCAUCUUAACUUGGCCCCUAGGGAUUUCGUCGACUCCGAACAUCCAUACUUGAUCCCGAGCCCAGAUGAAGGUGGUGAUCGACUGAUGAUGGUGACCAGAUACAUGGAAUUAGUAGCUGCUGCGCCAAGAGGUUACCGGACGGUGAAGUUCAAGGUUUACAAGCUGGAUGAUGAGGAUAGGAAGGGAUGGGAUGAGGUUGCAAGCAUCGGGGAUUUCGCCAUCUUCGUUGGGUUCAACUCUGCCUUCUCCGUUUCCACCAGAGACCAUUCGGGACUGAUUCCAAAUUCCAUUUAUUUCACUGAUGACUUUAUCGACUGGCACCAAAGGCACAAGCUAGGAGGUCAUGAUAUGGGCGUUUACAGCCUCACCACUCGUGCCGUGAAGCCCUUGUAUUCUACCUCCUCUCUGCAUGCUAACCCUUUGCUCAUUUCGCCUUUGCCUGUCUGGAUCCUCCCAUCCAACUAGUUAGUUACACUUUUUAAGUUAAGAAGACUGAACAUUCUGUGCGAGCUCAGAUCUUUGGUUAACCUUGAAGCUAGAUAAUAAGCAAAACAUCACACUCCCAAUUCUGCAGCUAACUCUACACACACCAACACCAUUAUGGAUUUCACCUUCCCAUCGUAGCCCCAACGCUACGAUGUGGAGGGCAGAGGAGAAAACGGAACUGCGGAAAUGGGCCCGACGGUGGAUCAUGCUUCUGCAGAAAGGCCCAACCCAGAGUACAAUCAGUAAGCAUUAAUCAAGCUCAUCUUUGUUUGGGGAAAGAAAGAUGUUUCCUCCAAUGACCUAACUGAUUGGCCACGAAAGGUAUUAGAUUCGGGCAAUUGGCUCAUUUGUGAGUUGUGACAAAGACAAGACAAGAAGCUCUGUACUGUUGGGUGUAUAUGCUGGCAUUUUGAUAAAUAGUAAUGUAAACAUAUGUUUUUAACUAAAAUAUUUCAUAAUGCACUCAAAAUCGUGAUUCUACCUAGAAACGGAAAAGGAGUAAAAUCGUAAAAUGUAGAAUCAAAACGUAAAAACAUAAGUUUUUAUUGCAUCCUGUAAAAUAGUUAAAAAUCGGUUGAAAACAAAUACAUAUAAUUCAUGUUUGAAAUGUAAUUUUUCAUUGAUGAACUAAUUUAUGUCGAUUCUAAAAUAGAACAAACUCAUAACAUCUUAACAAAAGUUGACAACCUAUACCAUAACUCAGAAACGAGUUAGAGAAUCCAAAUCCAAAUCACUAAACGACAACGUUAGCACCGAAUUUGAUCCCAAAGCAAGAAGAAAAAUCCUUUUCCACAGUUACAAUGUUGUUAGCACAUUCAAUCAACAUCUCUAAUAAAAUAGACAAAAAAUGUCAAAUCAAAGAGAUUCCUUGAAAGACGACCAAAAGAAGAGAUUCAUAUAAACAAAAGACAAAUCCCUUUAAUCAAAAAGACCAAGUCAUUCUCACAAUAUAUACAGGCCAGAGCGCCAAUUUUCGAACAAUUUCAAGACCAUUCCUCGAAGACCAACAUAAUCAUGCGGAAGCAAAUCAAAAUCUUCACCUGGUAGCGGCAGGAGCUGGAAGGUUGCUUGGAGUUGGCGACGAUGAAGGCCAUCAGUCUGCUGGCGAAGGUGGAGGCCGCGAGUCUGCUGGUGACGGUGGAGUCUUGUCAACUUCUCCAAUGGUUGCGACUUGCGACUACUUCGAGCGUUCGAAUGAAGAAUUAGGGAUUUGCAAUUUGGUUAUUAGGUUUGAGAAUUGAGAGCCUUCGACUGAUGGAGCGCUCGUUAUCACCCCCUUUUGAAAUUUAUUUAUUUAUUUUAUAAUGCUAAAACGUUGUCACUUUGAUGAAAUUGUCACUUUUCUGGUUAUGAAGUGGAAUCGCAAAAAAAAAUAUGUUAUGGAAACGCGUUUUUGAUGGUUUUUACCGAUUUUAACGCUUCCACUUACGAUUUUGAACGAUUUUGAGUACAAAACGAUUUUAAGUGGAAACUAAAUCGUUUUAGUGACCUAGAUAUAUAUGUAAAAACGUAUGUUUUUACGCUUUAAAACGCGAUUUUGAUUGCAUUGUUUACAUUAUGGGGUCGUUUGGAAAACAAGAUUUGGAUCAUGGAUUUAUUGGAUCCAUAGAUUUAGUAAAAUGUUAUGUUUUUU